AGACCGGCACUCUGUUAUGCGGCUUAUAUAACACACGUGUGGUGGUCAGUCGUCUGCAUAUCGGCUGGUGCGCCUCGACUAGGCUAGACAAUACCGGCAGACGCGACGAAGACAGAUCGGGGCACCUGCUUACGUUCACAUACGCAUGCAUCGAGCCGAAUUAUGCCAACGAGAAGUUGAUCGGGGUUCGUUGCUUACUGUUCGAGUGGUGCGGCGACUUCAACAUACUCGAAGUCAGUUCAACACGCGCAAUGAACGGAAUCGGAUUAAGGUUACUGGUGCCGGAUGGUGGCCAAAGGCUGACGCUGGGAUUUCUAGUGCUCCUAAGUGUAGCGCCAGUUGAUUUCGCUGUGGCGUUCUAUAAAACGUUUGGAGAGCUGAGUGUACACACGCUCACAGACUCCGGUUCACUUGACGAUUGUUCUCUGAGACUGCAGAAAUUGUUGGAUCGCAAAGCGUCUAGCCAGUCAGCCUCCUAUCCAACAUACUCGCGAGAGUACGCGCACUUGGUUGCUGUCGGGUGGAAGCAAACCGGCGGUGACUUUGAGUGGAGAUGUUCCGGAACGCUGAUCGCAGAUGACUUCGUACUAACGGCGGCCCAUUGUACUCAUGAGGAUGACAAAGAACCGACAACGAUUCGCGCCGGUGACCUGGAUCUGUACAGCGCCGAGGACGACCGCUUUGCACAACAGCUGGACAUUGCGGAAAUUGUUCGCCAUCCCGAGUUCAACACCGACAGCGCGUACCACGACGUCGCGCUAAUCAAACUUGCGAAACCGGUGACCGUGACCGAUUUUGUAACGCCGGCAUGUUUGUAUACAAAUGAGUCGCUCUCGUUGCUUCCACUGUACGCAACUGGAUGGGAUUUCUACGCUGACGUUUCCCCACCAAUAUACAGCACCCCGCUGAAACUAAUCGAUCAAGAUCGAUGCAAAUUCUGGUAUCGCGACAACAGGGAAGCCUUCCGGAAGGGUAUCAAUCGUAUGCUAAUAUGCGCAGGGGAUGAGCAACUAACCGAGUGUCCUGGCGAUACCGGGGGACCGCUGCAGGUUCGACUAUUGUCGAGCUCGAAAUACACCCCAUUUGUGGUGGGUGUUGCCGCUCUGGGAGUACCGUGCGGACAGACGACACCGGGGGUGUAUGCAAAAAUUUCCCACUACAUCGGUUGGAUAGAGGAUGUCACCAAGCUGAACUUUUCCCCGCAAGAAUGUGCCGUGAAGCACAUUUCCAAACGAGAAUCGGAUGAAGCGCUUGUUGCUCCUGAGUUAAAGACCAGAUUCAACCAGGUGCACAUGACAGGAAAGCAGGACGUGACGGCUGCCGAUCCACACAAGGCACAAUUACAAAUCUUUAAAGAGUUCAAGUGUGCUGUUGGAAAGGAUGGCGAUAAUGUGGAUUGGAUCUGCGGCUGCACAAUAGUGGCUCAGGACUUCGCUCUCACUUCAGCACGCUGCGUGAAAAACGUCGAGGUCGACAUCGUCAACUACAAAAACGACUGGAAGCGCAUCGAAGAGAUAAUCUUCCACCCGGAGUACGACAAAAAGACGCUCUACAACGAUCUGGCGCUGAUACGACUGCAAACCGAUAACAGGAAUCGAUACGAUUGGAAAUCAGUUUCUUGCAUCGCAGCCAACGAAGAUCAAAGACAGUUUCUGUCGUUUGGCAUCGGACCGUACAACUUGAACGACGAUGGUUCGAUGGAUAACAACACCGAUGGAACCGAGCGCUACCUGACGGCCACACUGCAACUACUGGAAAGCACAAAUUGUUCCGAACACUAUAAGAAUUAUGGCAUUCUGAAGGAUGGCAUCAACGAGACGCAAUUUUGUACGUGGUCUAAGGACACACUGGUGCCGGGAACGUGCGAACCGUGGAAUGGGAACGAGGUGCUGAAUGAGUUAAGACCUGCCGGUGACACUAAUCCAUUCCCGGAGGAUCUCAUCGGGGUAGGUUCUUAUGCCCCGGACUGCGGAUUCGGUGGCCGACCGAUGAUCAGCACCAAGGCAAUCGCUUUUCGCGAAUGGAUGAAUACGGUUAUCUACCGGACGAUUAACGUCAACGCCGUUAGGCAAGUGCUGAUGGAGAAGGAACUGGCUCUGGACUACAUCUGCGAGGCAUCGGACCGGGAGGCCGGCGUUUGUGUACACAUCGACCACUGCAGCCAUCGCGCUCUGGUGGAUGAAAUCAAAUUCUGCACCAACGAAACGGCCCCGAUAGUGUGCUGCCCGGUUAAUUCGUUCAUCGCGACGGCACAUUUGCCACUGCUCACCGACUGCGAAACCAAUUACCAGCGCUUCAGGAAGAAGAGCGUGGAUUUCGCUUCACCGGACGGUCAGCGGGUCGAACCGGGCCAACACCCGCACGCUGUGAUGAUCGGAUGGAAAGUCAACAAGACCGCCACCAAUUGGCACUGUAUGGGAACGUUAAUUAACAAAAACACCAUCCUUACAACGGCAGGAUGCACGAACUCGGUCAAAAGGCGCCGCCCGGAUGUGAUCAGCAUCGGUGAAUCGGACGUGAGCAAAAUCUACGAUGGUGUGGCGCAAAUUAUACGUGUGAUGGAGACCAUCCGUUACCCCAGCUACAACCCUAAAACACGUGAAUACGAUAUUGCCGUGCUGAAGCUGGAGUCCGAGGUGGUUGUCAACGAGAAUGCAAUCCCCGCUUGUUUGUGGCGUGAUUUAAAUCGAACGCCUUACUAUACGCAGGAGGUGCAGUUCGAUAAACAGUUUCUCACCGCACGAGACAAGAACCUGGUGCACAACCGGGACUGCAAACAGUUCACGUCCCACACCGAACUCAACAACGACCAGAUGUGCUGGCAGGAGUUCAAAUUGCGUGCUGAUGGUAGCGAGGCAGAAAACUGUGGCCACCGAGGGGAUCCAUUUAUCUCGUUUCAGCGGAGCAACAACAUCUACCUGCCCUAUCUGGUGGGAUUGUACAGCUUUGGUGACAAACAGUGCGCUUCCGGCGAGCCUGUGGUGGCGACCCGGAUAUCGUCCUACAUCAACUGGAUUAGCCUGUAUCUCUAGUGAUGCGUUCGGUGAAUGAGCCGAGGGAGAAUAGAACGGAUUCACGCAACCCGUUCUGUGUGUUGGGGCACCCGCUGAACGGUACAGUGGUUGUUUCGGAGUGACGAACGGCCGCGCGUUUAGAGAUAAAGUGCAUUUCGGUACGAAACUGCUGACGUUUAAAUCCCGGCUGUAGACUUAGAAACUCGCUAAUAUCUGGCCAAUGACAACGCCACGCAAGGAUGCAGUUUUGCUAAUCAAGUUUAUUGGUUGAAGAGAUCCUUGAGCUUAAUAGUGAAAAUAUCAGAGGUUUUCCAACGUUUCUUACCUGUCAAUAAUGUGCCUCAAUUUAACCUGAAAAGUUAUUAUACAAUUUUUAGUGUAGUAGUAGUUAUUGCAAUAGAGGUCAUUAGCCUUGAAAACAAAUUCACAGUAAGCAUGAUAGAAGACUUUGUAAUUUAGUAUAAGAUAAAAUAUUCAUUUCGUUUAGGUAAAUUAAAAAACAAAAACAGCUGUUUAAUAUUUCCCUGAAAGAAAUUCUACCAAAAUUGCAACUUCAUAGCUUUUAAAGGGAAAUGAAUAAAAUAAAAAAACAGGCUAUGAAAUGAACAGACACGAGAAAAUAGAAUGAGACAGUCACAAGCAUCGUAAGCAUCGUCCCUCGAGACCAACUGGAAGUAUUUGAGCAACAACAACAACAUCGUGAAAUAUUAAAAAAAAAAAAAACCAACAAAAAUAUUUAAAAAAGUAGAAAUGCGAAAUCAAUAUACAAAAACCUAAUAC